AUGGAAACGUGUGACCCAUCGGGUCAUGCGUUCGCGGAUGACUCGUCGGAUCGCAGCGAGAGCAGCCAUUUCGAAUCUCAGAGAAUUUAUCAGGAUUUUGAAUCCUCCAAGGGCCUAACUGGGCUCAAUCUAUCCGUCGGAAGGCACAAGGACGACUCGCUGGUUAAAUCCAAGGAGAUUCGAAUGUCCGCUGACGUUGGCCGACAUCCAACCCUCCGCUUUGAGGAUUUUGCCGGGCGCGAUAUCGCGGUUCCUUUAAAAAAAUCCAAGGAUAUCAAUUUUAUCACGGAUACUAUUUCCAGUUAUCAGCUGGAGAAGUCCAACGAAUCGGACACUUCUUUGGAGACUAUUCACUCGAACAGAUCCAAGGACGGCAUCGCUAAGGACAAUGUGUACAACCUGGUGAAGAGCAAGAGACAAAAGUAUUUUCAGAAUACUCUCGAGAGAAGUGGUAAAGACAUAAAUUAUGUCGUGGAACGAGAAUUCAAGGACUACAGCUUCUCGAAGAACUACAAUCUCAUGAAGGAAUUUCAUCUGCCGUUGGAGCACUCGAGAGACAGUCAUGUAGCAUCUUUAGGAAUUGACAGACUACCGAGCGUUGCUCUUCUAGGAAAUCCUCGUAUUCUGGAGUCCCAGGAAUAUCGAGGUGUGUCCAUGCAAGCGAGAAGUCCUCAAACCAUGGAAUCGGCUAUCGAGGGCAUGCGGAGAUCACACCUGCUGGGGCAGAUGGAUCUCUCAACCCAGAGCAUGGCACAUCGCCAGUCCCUCGACGCCGUCCAGCAUUCUCAUCAGCAACAUCAGCAGCAGCCGCAAACCACUUCAUUCACUAUCGAUGCGAUACUGGGGAAGGGCAAUCAGAGGGACAAGCACCAGAGGAACCAGCAACAGCAGUAUCGCAAAGCGGCACGACAGGAAUGUAACGUUGUACCUGGCAAAGCCAAACGAGUCAGAACAAUAUUCACGGCCGAGCAGUUGGAACGACUUGAGGGUGAAUUUGCCAGGACCCAGUAUAUGGUUGGACCAGAACGGCUCUACCUCGCCCACUCCCUGAGACUCACCGAGGCCCAGGUGAAAGUGUGGUUUCAAAAUCGUAGGAUAAAGUGGCGUAAAGUGCAUCACGAGCAGCAGAGCCAGAGAGUCAACGAGCUCAGACAACGGGCCUUAACUUCCCUGGAAGAGGACGACUGUAAAGAGCCAAGUGCUGGUGAAUGGUGAAAUUGUAAAUCAAACA